UAAAAUACAUGAAAAUUCAAAAGACACCCCCCAAUUUUUUUUUUCCAACACAACAUGUCUUCCCUUUUCUUCUCUAGCAGUUUCAGUCCUCUCUCUAUUGCUCUCAGAAGAUCCACUCUCUGCAGAUUUUCUUCAAUUGUUACUUAUGCUACAGAGGAAGAGAAAUCAAGAUUCAUACACCCCACUUCUGUUGUUCAUCCAAAUGCUCUAUUGGGUGAUGGUGUUUCAAUUGGUCCCUUCUGUACCAUCGGGCCUUUUGCAAAGUUGGGAAGCACUUGUCAAUUGUACCCUGGAAGCCACAUCUUUGGAAAUACCGAACUAGGGGACAAUUGCAUCCUGAUGACUGGUGCUGUAAUUGGAGAUGAUCUUCCUGGUCAUACAGUCGUUGGGAGAAACAAUGUUUUUGGGCAUCAUGCUGUAAUUGGCGUCAAGUGCCAGGACAUGAAAUAUAAGUUUGGGAAUGAGUGCUUUCUCGAGAUUGGCGACAACAAUGAAAUCAGGGAACAUGUAUCCAUCCAUCGAUCUUCAAGCCCAACUGAUAAAACCGUCAUUGGUGAUAAUAAUCUUAUUAUGGGCUCCUGCCAUAUUGCUCAUGACUGCAAAGUGGGAAACAACAAUAUUUUGGCAAACAGCACACUUCUUGCAGGUCAUGUUGUGGUGGAGGACUAUGCUCACACUGCAGGAGGUAUUGUAGUUCAUCAGUUUUGCUGUAUUGGUUCUUAUUCUUUCAUUGGUGGUGGUUCAGUGGUUUCUCAAGAUGUUCCAAAGUACAUAAUUGUUUCCGGGGAAAGAGCUGAGCUUCGUGGGUUGAACCUUGAAGGUUUAAGACGCCGUGGAUUCUCUGCUACGGAGAUUAAGAGCUUGAGAGCAGCGUACAGAAAGAUAUUUAUGCCCACUGAUAUGAGUUCUGGGAAUAUUGAAGAUCGACUAGCGCAAGUGGAGCAACACAAAGAGCUGGGUCUGUUUCCAGCUGUCUGUUCCAUGGUUCAAUCAAUACGUGAUUCUUUUGCUGAACAUCGCCGCGGAAUUUGCAAAUUUAGAAGCUGGAGUGGAUCUUAGCAUAUUUUCUUCGAUAGUACUCAGUUAUUCACCUCCAUCAUGGUCUUCCGAUCUCAUUUCGUUCUCUAACAAGGAGAAAACCAAGCAACUAUCCUGUCCGUCUUGUGAAAGUUUUAGUAAGGUGAACAUCGAUGCUCUAGGACUAUAUAUAUUCAUGCUUUAAGCUCGUUAUGGAGAUGUAACAAACCGAGAACAAGUUCCGGAUGAAUGGUUUUAAACGAAGCUCCUCGUCAUCAUGUCAUAUGUUGUAUACCCCAAUGCUGCAUUUUCCAGAUUCUAGCAAUUCAUUGACCUUGUUCUGUCUUGCAAGAAACAAAUGUUGUCCUUUGCUGUCUGUUGCCGUGUCAUCGACAACAGAAGCAGCGAGUUGAUUCGAACAACAAUGUCCCUUUGUUUAUCGCCUUGGAAGUAUAUAUACGUCAACAUUUGCAACCAGGUUCGCGUGUUCAUGUAAGUUUUCAUUCUUGUGACGGUAGACGCUCUUUAACAUGUUUUAUUCCCAGAUGUACAGAAUUUUGGACAAUCAAAGUACACAUUUUGUGAUUUUAUUGCAUUAUUUCGCUGUUGUUAA